ACAAGGAAAAGGAGGGCGAGGUGGGCCAAAGGAGAGGAAAGAGCACGAAGAAGGCCACUACCACAGUGAUGGCGGCGUCCGCGAAAACGAUGGCAGCCUUCAUCUUGGCGGCUAUCAUCGUGCUUCUGGGUGUUACGGCAAGAGCGGAGCCUCCGCCGGAGUCCGCCAUCGACUCGUUCACCUACAUGGGCUCCGGAUGUCCAGCCAAUUCCGCCGUGGGGGAGAUCAGCAAGGACGGGCAAGUACUUACCAUGAAGUUCAGCGAGUUCAGCGCAACGACCGACGGAGGCAACGCSGGSAAACGGAAGAACUGCCAGAUCAGCCUCAAGAUGAGGUAUCCUGAUGGCUGGACUUACUUGCUGGAGACGGUCAUGCUCCGCGGGUACACGAGACUUGACGACAAGGUGAAGGCGGUUCACAGGGUGAGUUAUUAUUUCACGGGAGAGCAGGGGCAAGGCAAGUUCAUCAAGGAGACGCUGGGCGAGUUCGACGACAACUACGAGCAUUCGGGUCCGUUCUCCCCACUUAUCUCGAGUAAGUGCGGCCUAAACAGAAAUCUCAACGUCAAUAUGGAGGUGAGAGUCGACAACGGAGAUAACCCAGACGGGCAAGCUAACCCAGCCGGGGAAGGAUUCAUCGAUGUAGACAUGGCAGACAUCACCGUCACUUUCAGCGUCAAAUGGGCCAGGUGUCCCUGAAUGAAGCACGCUGACGGGAUCUGUAGCAAGGAGCAGACCGGAUCCCUUUCAUAGCGACGAUUUCUGCUCUGCUGCUCUGAGAGCAUACUCACACUACCAUUUUCCAGAAUGCAUUAGGGCCCGAUGAGGAUGAAUCUGACUGUAAUCACGUCCGGAGCUUUGUAGAAAUAGUCCUAGUGUGAAUAUGCUCCGAGCUCCCUACUAAUAACUCCGUCCAGGGCUGCUGUUUUGCCACCGCAGCAGUAGAACUAGUAGGGCUGCUAGAGAUCGGAUGGCAAUCAACUUUGGAAUGGGUGGCUGGUUAUCGUUGCUUAUUCGCGU